AUGGCAGGCCCAAAUCAUCGCGAGUUGCCCGAUAUCUUUACAUAUAAUGGAUGGUCUAUAAAGUACGAAACUUGGGUUGGCGAAUCUCCUCAACCCACACUGUCAAAGACUUGGGUAGUCUUUGUACACGGUACACCCUGGAGCUCGGUUGUCUUUCGGCCUGUUGCUGGCGCAUUGUAUGCUACUGGUCGCUUCAACAUAGCUCUGUACGAUCUUCCCGGAUAUGGACAGUCGCAGAGUUUUAGCAGCACUUCAGAAUCUCGCAAGCCGGACACUUCGGCCAGGGCCCAAGGCAAUGCUCUCGCAGCUUUGCUCAAGCACUUGGGUUUGGACGGCAAGGAUGGGCAUGGCAGACCACACAUCGUAGCCCACGAUAUCGCCGGGGUAAUUUCCUUGCGAGCUCACCUUUUGCAUGGGUGUGACUAUCGUAGCUUGUGCCUGUUGGACACAAAUUGUGUCCUCCCCUGGGGCGACAAGCUAUAUAACCUCGUGCGGUCGGAUCCGCACGUAUUUGAAGAGCUUCCAGCUGGGGUGUUUGCAGGCUGUCUGCGCGCCAUCAUCAAGAGCGCACGCUUCCAGGAUCAAGGGUUGGGCCCAGAAUGGGUGGAUGCUCUCGCUCAGCCAUGGCUAAUGGGCAGCACCAAUACCUCUGCUGCCUCGGAUCUGGGCGAUCUGGACUAUAGCCCACAAAAGAACUUUGUCCGGCAGAUUCAGCAGGCUGAUGACAGCCACACGGCCGAGCUACUCGACAGCAACCUGUAUCCUCACGUGCGCUGCGACGUCAAGAUCAUUUGGGGAGAAGAGGAUGAAUGGAUUCCUUUUGAGAAGAUGGAAAAGCUGGCUGAAAUGCUGGGCGACCGGCUCCGAGCUUUUGUGACUAUUCCGGACGCGGGCCACUUGGUUAUGUUGGACCAGCCGUCCAGAGUCACUUUGGAGAUUGGACGUUGGCUUGAGCAGCAGUCAUGA